UCUUCCUCGUUUUAUUCUCCUCUCUACCUUAACGCUCUGUUUUUUCUGAAACCAGGAAACUAGAACGAGGAAAUGCUGACAUUUUGGGCCCCUCAAAUAUAACCAGAGGCUCUAACGAGUGCACUAACCAGUGGAUUUGGGGGAGGACCAGAUCGGAAAUGAAGGUUUCCAUGGUAACUCCUGAGCGGGUUGCCUAGGAGAUGACCCCUUUCGGUCUCUGAAUCUGUGCUGUAGCGUCAUUUCUAAGGCAGAUCUAACUGAUCUUCUUGGACUGUCUCCUGCCAUGAUUCCCGGGAAAUACCGCUCUGUUUCUGGCCGGGCUGCAAGCAACGUGAUGAGCUGUAUUGAGACCAGGACCGCUCAGUCUACUCAAGCUAUUGUCUGACCGAGGCUUGAGGUUCCUGGACUGGACCAAGGCACUUGGAGGCAAAUAUCCAGAACAUGAUAAUUUACCAGAAACAAACAAAAAGUGAACUGUGGGCUUCAUCUGGUUAUUCAAACAUCAUCGCUUCCUGAAAAAAACAAAGUUGAAUUCAAGCUAAAUAGAGAAACGCCAUCAUUCCCUGGUCGACUCUUACAACAUGACCUUGAAAGAAACUACUCAAGUAGACAAGGAGAUGGAAGAGUAAUAAGUCCUUCGCUUCAUAAUAAAUCAUCCUGCAUCUCAUCCACAACAAAUGUGACAGAACUAUGUGGGCUGGAAAUGAAAACUGCCACGAGCUCCUUAUCAGCAUUUGGAGAUUCUUCCAUUCAGACACCUUCAAAGUCCAGAAUCCGGCAGGGCUGUCAUAGUGCUGGCCCAAAUGUAUCUGGUGAUCAUAUUAAUUUGGUGAGCUCAUCAAUGCCUUCAUUUCCCAUUCUCCAACGUUCUUCUGAAGAGAAAAUUCUUUACUCAGACAGGUUGACCCUAGAAAGGCAGAAGCUGACCGUGUGUCCUAUUAUUGAUGGGGAAGAGCACCUUCGUCUCCUGAACUUUCAGCACAAUUCUAUAACUCAGAUCCAGAAUAUCUCCAAUCUCCAGAGGCUAAUAUUUUUGGAUCUAUAUGAUAAUCAGAUUGAAGAAAUCAGUGGACUUUCUACUCUGAGAUCCCUCCGUGUCCUUCUGUUGGGGAAAAACAGAAUUAAGAAAAUUUCAAAUCUGGAGAAUCUAAAGAGUUUAGAUGUCUUGGACCUUCAUGGAAAUCAGAUUACCAAAAUUGAAAAUGUCAAUCAUUUGUGUGAUUUGAGAGUUUUAAAUCUUGCCAGGAACUUUUUAAGUCACGUUGAUAAUCUUAAUGGGCUGGAUUCACUAACUGAGCUUAACCUGCGACACAAUCAAAUUACUUUUGUGAGAGAUGUGGAUAAUUUGCCCUGCCUCCAACGUCUGUUUCUCAGCUUCAACAAUAUAUCUACUUUUGAGAGUGUUUGCUGCCUCGCUGACUCCACUUCUCUCUCAGACAUCACUUUUGAUGGCAAUCCCAUAGCUCAAGAGUCAUGGUACAAGCACACAAUCCUUCAGAAUAUGAUGCAGCUGCGCCAGCUAGACAUGAAGAGAAUCACAGAAGAAGAAAGGCGUAUGGCAUCUGUUGUAGCCAAAAAAGAAGAAGAGAAGAAGCGGGAAAGUCAUAAGCAAUCUUUACUUAAGGAGAAGAAAAGGUUAACAAUUAACAAUGUAGCUCGAAAGUGGGACUUGCAACAACAUCGAAUAACCAGUAUUGCUAUAAAUCAAGAUAGAAGAGAUUCUGACUCUCAGGACCACUGUCAGAACGAUGGAAGCACCGUCUCUACAUUUCCAGAGGAAGCAGGGUCUCUGGACUCAGGACUCACCAGUGCAUUACAGGGUCUGUCUGUCACAGACACACACCUUGUUGAAGUGGAUGGAGACACGCUUUCCCUGUAUGGCUCAGGAGCACUGGAAUGUCUGGAUCGGAACUGGAGUGUGCAGACAGCAGGAAUGGUGACAACAGUGUCCUUCACUUUCAUAGAAUUUGAUGAAAUCGUCCAAGUGCUUCCCAAAUUGAAGAUUAAGUUUCCUAAUUCUCUGCACCUUAAAUUCAAGGAAACAAAUCUUGUAAUGCUGCAGCAAUUUAAUGCACUAGCACAGCUCCGUCGAGUUGACCAGUUGACAAUUGAUCCUCAAGGAAAUCCAGUUGUCAGUUUUACACUCUGGAAAUAUUAUGUCCUGUUUAGGCUGAGCCAUUUUAAUAUGCAGAAAAUAAAUGGAACAGAGGUGACUCAAAAUGAUAUGAUAAUGGCUGAGAGGCUGUUUGGAAUCCUAGCACAUGUAGCAUCUUCUGAAUUACCCCAGUACCGACUGAUUUCAAUACUGGGUGAUGCCAGGAAGAAGCAAUUCCGGUAUCUUCUAGAAACCAAAGGGAAAAAACCUGGUAUUGUCAGUGAAGAAAAUAAUGAUAGCAAGAGACUUGUGGGAGAAAACACAAAUCGUGCUACACUGAAUUAUACCACAAGAGACUUUUAUACUGAAAAGCUAGAGGAAAUAAAGGAAAAAAAGAAAUUCUGCAAGAUGUAUAUCGAGGAUCUUGUGAAGGAAGCCACAGAAAUCAACAUGAAAAAUGAAGCUUUGCAGAAACUUUGGCCACAGAUGUUCAUUGAGCUUGUGAGGGAUGCAGUUAUAGAAAUCCGCAAUAAAAACUCCUAUAUGAAGCUUUGCCUACAGCAGAUAACUGACCAAAAAUAGAAAUGGCUUUUAGUUACAAUUGAGAUUUUCAGUUUUAUGUUUUUGAUGGUUGAAAAUAUGUGGGUUAAAAAAUGUUAAAGCAACAACAAAACUUUUCCUUCAAGCUAGAAAGACUAGCAUCAAAGCAUUUAUUGCCUACUGUUCUUGUAGUUAAAGGUUAAGAAGGAAAGAACAAAAGGGAAAAUUCAUUUCCUAUGUAUGUUGACCAAACAACCUUUGGGAACUGAGCAGUCUUUAGGGCCCUUGAAUGGGCCCUGCAUCUUGGGUUCUUGAUUUGACUGGUGCCCCUGCUAUAGCCCAAAGCACGUAGUGUUCGCUCAUGGUUCAGCAUGAGUUGCUUCUGUCUACUUUCAGCUGAUAAUUUUUAGUUACUUACCUCUUUAUUUUAUGUCUUGAUUUCAAAGCCAAAAAUAUGUUCUUUUUUAUGAGUGAAGAGUAAACUUAUUAAUAAAUCAGUUUAAAAGAAAA